AUGGGAAUGGCGCCAUUGUCCUUCACGGACGAGGCGCUCGCUCGAGGGGUCAACUACACGAUCUCGCCGUUCACUCAGGUCCAGUUCGGUGCCGGACUGGGACUGCUCGAUCUUGAUGGUGACCAGGAUCUGGACAUUGUCUUGUGCGGGCGCACAGGAUUUGGUGUCGCGGUUUAUGAGAACGACGGCUCAGGGAACUUCACGGAUCGUUCUAUCGGAUCUGGAAUCGCUGCGAUCAACAACUCGGGAUUCUCGACGGCGGACUACGACAACGAUGGUGAUGAGGAUCUGUUCUUUGGUGGAUGGAUGGUCCCAUCAAAGCUCUAUCGAAACGAUGGCAACUUUGUGUUCACUGAUGUGACGGCGAGCGCGGGUAUUGCGAUUGUGGGCGCUUCGAUGGGGGCCUCUUGGGGUGACUACAACCAAGACGGGCACCUGGACCUCUACUACACCGCUCGUACAAAUACGAGCAACAACACGACAAAGAAUCAGCUACUCCACAACAACGGUGAUGGGACAUUCACCGAUGUCGCACAGGCACUGAAUGUGGAUGCUGAGGAAGAUCCAACACUGGUCUCCGCGUUCUUCGAUUUCGAUCGUGACGGCGACGAUGAUCUUUACCUUGGUACAGAUAAAGGAAACUCAUUCAACUGGUGGAAUCGUCUGUAUCGCAAUGAUGGCGGGACAUUCACAGAAAUCACCGACGAUGCGAAUGCCCGGGCCUACAUCGAUUGCAUGGGUAUCGCGAUCGGCGACCUCAAUAACGACAGUUUCUUCGAUGUCUACAUGACUGACACGAUGCGCAAUGCACUCUAUUUACAAGACGGCAAUGGCGUGUUCGUGGAUGAGUCCGACAAUGCUGGAGUGACAUCCGGAGCAGUGGGAUGGGGCACUGUCUUUGCUGACUUUGAUAACGACAGCUUCUCGGAUCUCUAUGUGUGUAACCUUGCCGCUCCGAAUCGUUUGUAUCGCGGCGAGGAUAUCGCUGACUGGCCGAUGAAUGACGAUGGGCCGGCUGCGGGAGUGGCGCUCCCAGGUGUUUCGUAUUGUGUCGCCGUGGGCGAUAUUGAUAAUGACGGGCUCCUGGACAUGGUCGUUGGUGAUGUUGGUCAACGCGUCAAGAUCUAUAUGAACAACUCUCCAGACGCGGCUUCGAAUCACAUGGUGCGUUUGCGCCCCGUCAUCGGUGCUCAGGAGCUCAAGGCGGUUGGGACUUGCAUGAAUGUCCUUGCGAAUGGGAAAUGGCAAGCGACAGAACUACGAGCGGGUGUCAACUACAAGACGAGCGAGGGGAACACGGUUCAGCUUGGUCUUGGGACUGAUACCGAGGCGCUCGUCGUCGAUGUCGUUUGGCCCGGCGGGACGAUCCGCCAGUUGACCGGCGUCCCUGCGGAUCAGACCUGGACUGUGUACGAGCAAGAGCGGAUCGGCGAUCUAAACUCCGACGGCAACAUCGAAUGGACAGAACGGGCCGCGGCGAUGGCGGCGUGGACUGGUCCAGGUGUGAAAAUCAUGCCUGGUGCUGAGAUUUUCGACUUUGAUGGCGACUUCGACAUCGAUGAUGAUGACAUCGCGGGUCUGAGUCCUUGUCCAGCGGAUCUGACGGGCGAGGGAAGUCUGAACUUCCUUGAUGUGUCCUACUUCCUCUCCAACACGGUGAACUACAACGGCGAUGCUUCGUUCAAUUUCCUCGAUGUGUCGGCAUUUCUCCAAGAUUUUGGUGCUGGAAUUGGUGGAGGGAGCUUCAGCAUCCCUUGGUCCACGAUCGAUGGCGGCGGAGUGAUCAACUCGUCUGGCGGCUCAUACACGCUCAGCGGCACGAUCGGUCAGCCUGAUGCUGGCGCGACGAUGACUGGUGGUUCUUUCUCACUCACGGGUGGAUUCUGGGCAGGUGUCGAUAGCUCCGAGCCUUGUCCAGCGGAUCUCACGGGCGAGGGUGAUCUGAACUUCCUGGAUGUAUCCGCGUUCCUCUCGCUCUACGGCAUGAUGGAUCCGCUUGCUGAUUUCCAGCCCGACGGGAACUUCAACUUCUUGGAUGUCUCCGCGUAUCUUGCGGCGUACGCUGCCGGCUGUCCGUAA